UCCACGAUACACAUCCCCAGCUGCUCUCCAUCUCACUGAAACAGGAGCACCAUACUCCACAGCCCUACCAAGGAAAUUCUUCCCUCUGCAUUCCAAGCCCUGUUUGUCGAGACAUGUCCCUGUACAGCUUUGGGCUGGAGCCGCUGUCCUGUCAUGCCUGGAACAAAGACAGAACACAAAUCGCCAUAAGCCCAAACAGUAAUGUGGUGAAUAUUUAUCAGAAAAAAGGAAAGGAAUGGGUUAAAAUUCAUGAGCUGACGGAGCACAGUGGACGUAUCACUGGAAUCGACUGGGCUCCGGAGUCCAACCGGAUCGUCACGUGUGCCUCAGACAGGAAUGCUUAUGUUUGGACCCUGAAGGACGGGGUGUGGAAGCCCACCCUGGUCCUGGUGCGCAUCAACAGGGCGGCCACGUGUGUGAAGUGGUCACCUCUGGAAAACAAAUUCGCCCUGGGAAGCGGUGCAAAGCUUAUUUCGGUGUGUUACUUUGAACAGGAGAAUGACUGGUGGCUCAGUAAGCACAUUAAGAAACCAAUCCGCUCCACGGUGCUGAGUCUUGACUGGCACCCCAAUAACAUCCUGCUGGCUGCAGGCUCGGCCGACCUCCACUGCAGGAUUUUUUCUGCGUAUAUUAAAGACAUUGAGGAGAAACCCGGGCCAACCCCUUGGGGGGCUAAGAUGCCCUUUGGGGAGUUGCUUAUGGACCAUAAAGACUGCGGGGGCUGGGUGCACGGCGUUUGUUUCUCCCCCUCUGGAGACAGCCUGGCCUGGGUCAGCCACAACAGCGCCAUCAGCGUGGCCCAUGCCACCCAGGGAAAAGAGGUUACACAGCUCACCACUGAACAUCUUCCCCUGCUCAGCGUCCUCUAUGUCAGUGAGACUGAGAUGGUUGCGGCGGGCCAUGACUGUUGCCCCUACCAGUUCUCAUACAAGGGCCCUGGAGACCUGACAUGGGUGAAGAAGUUAGACGUCCCAAAGCAAACGUCUAAGACCGGCAUGUCUGCCAUGCAGCACUUCCGCAACCUGGACAAAAAGGCCACCACAGAGGAGGAGGGGAGUGAGCUGGACACACUGCACCAGAACAGCAUCACUCAGCUGAGCAUCGUGGAGGGAACGAGAGCCAAAGUGGAGAAGUUCAGCAGCGUGGCACUAGAUGGCGCUAUGGGGCUCUGGGACUUUAAGCACUGAAGAGCCAAAGGACACAAGUCCCACUCUGCACGUACCAGUGGGAUUACAUCCAUCAGAGCUAAAAUAUCAACGGCACAAGGUCCACUCGAAACGCGGUCGCUGAUCUUGCAAUUAAAAUCAAGUAAAACUAUGUAUCUAUGCAUAUUCUGUUUUCAUCUGAAAAGAUUAUAAAUGUUCAACAAUCAAAAUAAAAAAAAGAAA